UGGGAGAACUCGGGCAACAGGACAACAUGGUGGCCCGACUACCUGGACGGGGGCACGCUGACCCUGGCAGCACAGGAGGUAUGGCUUAAGAUUGGUCACUUUAGACAUGUCUGGUUUGUUAGUCUGUGUUUAAUGAUUGCGUUGGUUGUAGAAUAUUUAGACUCGUUGUCUGCAUUCAUAUCUUUUAACUAUAUCUUUGUUACAUGUUUGGUUGCACUGUCGAGAAGUAUGGAGUGUAUUGUUUAAGCUACAAAGAAAAGGUUGGGGACAUUAAUGGGGAUAAUGAAACAAUGUAUAUAAAAAAUAUACAAGUUAAAAUGAUAAAAGUUUAAGAUUGGAUUUAGGGACUUUAGUACAGACCCAUGCAUGUCCAAGUGUGUCUCAAAAUUGAUAAAUUGAUUUUUACCUAUUUUUAGUAUACAGGGUAUGUGUCAUGGUUGUCUUUGUGUUUUAUUUUAUUUAUAUUUUUUUUUUCACAGACCAUGAACUGUUUUGUGCUGAUCAUGACAUCACAGGGCAAUGUGGUUUAUGUGUCUGAUGCUGUUGAGUCACUGUUAGGACAUGAUCAGGUACUCACACUUUCCCAACAUUUAAAGGAAGAACAAAAGCAUUCCAACAAAAUCAUUCUUAAUAGUUUCCUGCUAGCCAUUAAUAAGAAAUGGAAUAUUUUCCCAACCCCAAUCUUUAUUCACCCUUGACUAGCCAUUUACUUUCUAUUGUAAAUUACUCAGCAGUCAUGAGAUAUACCAUCAACAGUUUAAACUGUUAACAGUGUUUUGUAUUUAAAGUUUUAAAAAAUUUUCAGUAAAUUUUUGUGACUGCUAUGUGACAGAAUUCAGUUGGGUUUAAGGAUUUGAGGUGACUCAAGCAGCAGAAAGAGCAAUACAUUUGACUGUUGCAAAGUCAUCGUGAUCAAACUUAUGUACAGAAAAAAUGUGGUCUAAAAAUGUAUCCCAAGUUGCAUCAGUAAAGCAAUGUUUUGGAAUUAUAUAACACACACACAUAAACUUCAUCUAUAAUCUCCAGCUAAUUUCUUUGUUAUUUAAAAAUUCAUCGACUGAUCCAUUCCACAGUUAAAUCUUGUUGGUCGUACGAUACAAACGUUGGUCCAUCCAGAAGAAAUGCCUGUACUGGCUGCCCAGUUCCACCUCAUCAUUGGACCAUGUAAGUACAUAGUGGGAAGGUUUUAAAUCAAGGUCAUCAUUCUUUUCAUCCUUCUCCAAAUAAUUUACUGAUUCACAUUAAACUAAUUUAAAUAAAGAGGUUCCUUAUUUUAUAAAGAGUGAUUGUUGGAGGGAAUGAAAUUAUUUUUGACAGCUUUAUGAUAAGAAGUGCUUUUGGUGUGGCAUAGGGAUCAUCACACUUAAUUACUAUGUAACAGAUUGUUUGCUCAAAGUAUAACUUUUAAAAAAAAUUAUUAUUAUUUUUUGGGGUUUUUUUUGUUUCUUCUUAAAUUAUUGCAGUUUUCACUCGUCCGUGAAAAACUGAUCUAAAAUAGUGAUAACUAGGGUAGCUGUCGCUCCCCUGCCCCCCUACCAGCCAUGUUGUCGUUACAUGUAUUUCUAAUAUCAUAGUUACAAACGUGGGAAAAUGGCCAUAAUACACACAUUUCUUUACAUUUGGUCCAAAAUCUCACUUAAUCUAAAAAAAAAGAAUAAUUAAUUAAUAAUCUUGAUCCUUUAAAUUGACUGAACUAUUUUUAUUAUUUCAAGUCACAGCAGCAAUUUUGUAAAUGUAUCAUACUAAUGUGAGAAAUCUUAUUCAUCAAUGUGGUUAAACAAAAAUAAAAAAAAAUACAUGUGACACACUAAUUCAGAUUUAUGGGAUAGGAAAUAACCAAACAAAAAACAUUGAACAAUUUUAUGUCGGAUCAAGUGUCUGAAGUCUUGGCAGCUUAGAGAAAAAAAAAGAAUAUUUUUUGUUUUCGGUCUUGUCAUGUAUCAACACUUUCAUGUAUAAGCUGCUGAGAGGUCAAGCUGUCUAAACUGAGUCAAUCAAAAGCUUGUGGACUGGAGUUCAAUGACCAGGAAAAGCUGGGUGAAUGGGACUCGUUAACACCUUGGUAGGGCAACUCAUCUAAGAGAAUGCAAACACUGAAAUCAAACCCGGAGAUGGACUCUCAUAGGCAGUGUGAUAUUGAAAACAAUGAAAAUUCCUACAACGUAACGUGGAACAUGUAAAGAGCACAGUGAAACGCGCACAAAAACAAUGCUGGUUAGCUACUGCAUCCUGGUCUAUUUCCAGUCAUCUUGAAUAAGUUUUGCCACUAUAACAAUUAAGCAAGGAUCGAGAGUGUGAGGCUAAAAACUGAGCAGCUCUCCCUCACUUCAAACAAAAUACAGCUCAAGUGAAGGCUACUACACAAGUCAAAGCAUUGGUCAUCUUCACAUGCUUUAGGUCAAAAAGUAAUAAUAAACACUGACCAUAUCACAUAAAGAACAGUGAAUUUGGGGGAGUGGAUGUGCAACAGCACCUUACAUAUAUUAAAAAAUUUAUGAAAUGUAAUUAAGGUGCAAUAUUUUAUUAAAACUAUCUAGAUUCAUGUAAUAUUUUCCCGGUAGGACAAUAAUGGGUUUUAACAAAAUAUUAUGAUUAUCGAGCAAAAUGGCCAAUAAAUGUUAUCUGCUGAUUAAUCAUUCCAUGCCUAAUAUAAUAUGAUAUAUAAAAUAUAUAUAAUAUAUGCUAAUAAAGCCUUGUAUUUCAUCAACAGCUGGACGGCAAACUCUACAGCGGUCUUUCUAUACUCGAAUGUUGAACUUGCGAAGAUCAGGUACAGAACACCAACAAUUUGAGCUGGUCCACAUCAUUGGUCAUUUACAGGACGUUUCUCUAGCAACUGGUCAGUCUGGUGGGGGAGGUAAGAACUAAACCUUGUUGGUCCUUGUUAUGAGUUGUUGGGGAUUGGAUAUUAAGACAGAAAUAAAUAGAGAACACUCUUUACAAAAAUAAAAAUAAUUGAGUUUGAGAAUCACAUUGCUUCUAUGCUUGAAUGUUAUUGAAAUGUCUCUGCCAAGUUUAAACCUUUCACUCUUAGGUCAGCGGGAAACGUGGCUCAUGUGUGCUUGCAGAGUUAUGUCCCCACUUGUGGAGAAAGAGGGAAGUGGGUCAACUUACACUGAGUGGGUGUCCCACAAUGCUUUAGAUGGAAAAAUUUUAUACAUGGAUGCCAGGUAACAGAAAAAUGCUCUUUGAUGGUUAGUGUUAUCCAUUGUAGUAAACUGAUUUCCCUUUAAAAUGUUUCAUUAAAACUUCUGUUAGAAAAUAACGAUUACUUAGAGAUCACUGUACCCAAAUCCUACCCACAAAACAAAAACCCAAAAACACCAAAUAAAAAGCAGCUCAAAUUACCUCUAUCAAAUCGUGUUGUUUUUUUUUAAAUUGAGAAGUUAAUGUUUUCAAUCACCUUAGGGUUGGUAUGCUUAAAGCUGCCCUACACAUUCAGCUGUUGACAUUAUUUUCACUGAUGUAAAUUACUUUCCUCUUGUUGUUUUCACAGAUCUUGUCAGGUAACAGGUUAUCUGCCCAAUGAAAUGGUGGGAAGGUCGACCUAUUGUUUCAUACAUCAAGACGACCAGGAGCAUGUGGCAUUCAGUCACAAACAAGGUCAGACAUCAUCAUUAUAUAUAUGUUAACAUUUGCAACAUAUAUUGUUUUUUUUAUAGCUAAAGAGGUUUUUGUUUAUUUGAUUUAGUGUUUCUCAUUGAUGCACCCAAGUUAACACCACUUGCUUUUUUUUUUUUGGCACUCACCUUACCAAGAAACAUAUUUUCAAAAGUCAUUAAUUGUCCUUUGUGCGUGAUUGUUUCAGCCCUCAUCAAUGUGGGUGGCUCCAGCUCCACUUAUAGGAUGUAUCGCAGGAGCAAUGACUUGGUGUAUGUGCACACCACCACUCAGCUGGCCCGAGACAAACACAGCAACAAGCCAAAGUUUCUAUUCUGUGUCAACCAUGUUGUUGAGUGAGUGUGUGUUCACUAAAAUAAUAUUCACUCAAUAAUGCAUAACAAGUUGUUACACAUUUUGAAAUGUGUUGCUGAGCUACAAAAAACCCUGUGUGUCAACGUCUUUUUAAUUCAACAAGUCCUAGUUAGCCAUGCAAAGUAAUUCAAUCACUGGUCAUUUUUUUAUUUAAAUAUAUAAAAUAAGUAUUUCUGGCUAAAUUUGCCGCUAAAUUAUUACUAUUUUUUUUAUUAUUAUGUCAUAUAACGGUACAGUGAUGACAUUUUUUUUAAAAACAUAACUUCCUCCCCAGUGAGCAAGAAGGGAAGUUGCAGGUGUCUCGACACCAACAAGAUCUCAUGUGGGACAAGUCUGACCCAUCCAUCAAAUAUAGCAUGACCGACAUUGAGAGGACAGUCAAAGCCCUGGAGGCAGAAGGUGGCAACUCACCACCUGUGGUCUCAAAGGGGGGCAUGAAGAUGAGCAAACUUACAGAGAGCUGCUCAGCCGAUGGGGGAGACUUGCUCAGCGUCAAUAUACCAGCUCUGCUGCGUGUCCCGCCUCUCCUGUUUAAAACUGAAAAAGACCAGUGGUCGGGAACAUCAUCCACAUGCCACCAGCAGGGAGCCAUGAAAUCUCACUUUAACACUGGGGGUCAGUACCAACACCAGGGUCAGGCGCUCGUGUCCUCUCCAUUGCCAGGGGCUGGGUAUGGAGGA